AUGAGGUGUGGUGUACGUGCUUCCGUGUCGAGACGUGGUGUAGGACGACUACGUAAGAGGACGUUGGAGUCCUUGGCGACAGAGUCGCCAGAGACAUUUACUAGGGUUGAGCUUGUUGGUCAGGGACAGAGUCAAGAUACUGCGGGUGCGUCGGGUUCUCAGACUCUGAUGGUUUCAGAGGUACCUACCCUGACCGUACCCGUCGGACCCACUCCUACGGUAUUCACAGUACCACUAGCGGUGCCACCUGCGGCAUAUUCGGCACCACCUCCGGCCGUGCCCACUGCGUACUCGACACCGCUGCCACCAGUGCCUACGACAUACCAGACACCACUGCCACCGGUGCCCACUGCAUUCGCGGCACCCACACCAGCAACAACAGUUGCUCCACCUCCGGUACCACCACCCACCGUACCUCCUGCCGCGCCCACCUAUGCUGACCCUACAUGCCACCAAUGGCACCUACCUCAGUCUAUAUAG